ACUGUAUGUCAUACUUCAGGAAAUGGGCUGCGACACCACCUACAACAACAAGGAGGCAGCCUACGACAGUGACGUAACCAUCGUGUGUGUCAAGCCGGCUGUGGUGUCUCGGGUCCUGCAUGAUCUGAAGUCCUGCGUGACGCCCAGCAGGCCCCUAGUGACCUCUGUGGCCCUCGGGGUGACCCUAGCCUCCCUGGAGGGAGCUCUGCCCCCGCUGGCUCGGGUGGUGAGGGUCAUGCCCAACACUCCUGCCCUGGUCAUGAUGGGAGCGUCAGUGUUUGCAAGAGGUGCCCACGCUACUGACCAGGAUGCCCAGCUCACACACAGACUGCUGUCAUCGGUGGGUGUGUGUGACGAGGUUCCUGAGACCUGCCUCGACGCUGUCACUGGUCUCAGUGGUGCCGGACCUGCCUACAUGUACGUGGUGAUAGAAGCCCUGGCAGAUGGGGGAGUGAAGAUGGGCCUACCCAGGCACCUGGCACUGAAGUUAGCAGCCCACACCAUGAUGGGGUCAGCCAAGAUGGUACUGACUACAGGCAAACAUCCUGGACAACUCAAGGACGAUGUAUGUUCUCCUGGAGGUUGCAGUAUCCAGGGUGUACAUGCUCUGGAGCGUGGCCGCCUCAGAUGUGCUCUCAUGAAUGCUGUCCAUGAUGCCACACUCACCUCCCGGGAGACUGACGCUGCCAAGUAGUUGGUCGCAACUGGAAGGACUUGCCAGAUACUGUCAGGAUCAUUGUAGCUGGCAAGUAGUUACUACACUUGUAGUAAUUACCCCAGCAGGCACGUAGUUACUACAGUUGAACAGUAAUUACCACAUCAGGCAAAUACUUACUACAUCUGUGCCAUGAAGCUGGGGAAUGGCUCUUGAUCUAAGGAAACAGAGCUACCCUCCAAAGCCCUCUGAUCAAACUUGGUCACUUCCCGCUCCCCAGGUGCUGUACAAACCUUGCAAGUUUAACGUUAUCGUAUGAGCCUCGUAAUAUAAUAAUAAUGAACUUGUGGAGUAAGUGGGUAUAUAUACGUAGGUUGUAUCAGCUUGUACAUGUGCUGGAGACAAUACACGUGUAGUAUUGUAGAACAUCCCAGUAGGUCUACAUAACACGCUUCUACGUGUUUAUACAUGAACUGGAGUAACACAUACAUGCAGCGUUAAUACGCGUUCACCGCAGGUUGUAGAACACACACACAC